UGCACGACUGCACGUCUAUCACGUAGAUUAGAUGUUUUUUCAAGUAUACGUCGUCAACCGUUAAUAUUCUCUAAACGUAUCCCGUAAUCUGUCAGUACGUUUCAAGUAAAGGUCAAGAAUUAUGGCAGCCGGUCCAAUCGCGGAACGUAACCAAGAUGCAACAAUAUACGUUGGAGGCUUGGAUGACAAAGUUACGGAAUCCCUCAUGUGGGAACUAUUUGUUCAAUCAGGACCUGUUGUUAACGUACACAUGCCAAAAGAUAGAGUAACUCAAAUGCAUCAAGGAUAUGGUUUUGUUGAAUUUAUGGGAGAAGAAGAUGCUGAUUAUGCUAUUAAAAUCAUGAAUAUGAUCAAACUUUAUGGCAAACCUAUUCGCGUAAACAAGGCUAGCGCGCACCAAAAGAACUUGGAUGUCGGAGCAAAUAUAUUUAUAGGAAAUCUUGAUCCAGAAGUAGAUGAAAAAUUAUUGUACGAUACAUUCAGUGCAUUUGGCGUGAUUUUGCAAACGCCAAAGAUAAUGAGGGACCCCGAGACAGGUAACUCGAAAGGCUUUGCUUUCAUUAAUUUUGCCUCUUUCGAUGCCUCGGAUGCCAGCAUCGAAGCGAUGAACGGUCAAUAUCUGUGUAAUCGGCCAAUCUCCGUGUCUUAUGCUUUUAAACGCGACGCCAAAGGCGAGAGACACGGCAGUGCCGCUGAAAGACUUUUGGCCGCGCAGAAUCCUCUGAGUCAAGCGGACAGGCCGCAUCAGUUGUUCGCGGAUGCGCCACCUCUGGCGCCGCCACCGAUGCCAACGUCGAACGCGACGGCCCACCAACCUGCCCAUCAUCCUCAGCAUCACGUGAUGCAUCAUGGAAUGGUCGUGCCACCACCGCCGCCGCCGUCUACUCCUGGACCGCCGAUGGGUCAUCCGCCUCCACCGCCCGUACCACCGCCACCGUCCGGUGGAUUCCCACCGGCGAACAUCCCUCCACCCCCUCUCCCUCCGAUGUCGAUGGCAGCGCAUCCUCCACUACCACCCGGUAUGCCACCCCCGUUGCCGCCUAUGCCCGUGCCGAGUUCCCAGGCGCAGUCAGCCGCCUCCAGGAUGAUGGCACCACCGCCGCCACAUUGGGCCGUCGGGGCACCGCCGCAGGGACAAUUCCCACCGCCUCCGCCCCCAUCUUCCAGCGGUGGUCCUCCGCAAUUUGGACAGUAUCAGCCGUCGCCGCCGCGACCUCCUCCGGCUUGGCGGCAUCCUCCACCACCGCCUGUUUCGCAGGGUGGCCCCCCGCCCCCGCCGCCACCUCAGUUCCGACCCCCCUUCCCGCCAAGAGGACCGCCGCCGCCGCCGCCACCACACGACGGCAAUCAAUAUUAAUUAAUAUUCGUCAAGUGAUAUUUAUCGUCACCGUGCGUGACACACGGAGAUAACGAUACACGUUUGUUUUAUAAUUAUCGACAAAUAUAUCCGUGAUGGAGACAUCUACGAUACCGUGGUAGAAAAA